CUUCCGGUUUCGUAAAAGUCCUUUACCAAAGCUAUGCACGCCGCGGCUGAUCAUGGCCGGGCCGCUGAGGAAUGUGUUCAGGGCAUGGAGUACAGGCUGUACCACUGUGACUGUGUCUGAAAGCGUGCGGCUCCAACACUGCAGGUCCCUGUCCUCUACCGCGGCGCUUUUUGCACGGACGGCCUGGAGGUGUGCACCGGGGAACGAGGUGCAACUAACCUUGCAACAGCCAACACCAGUCCCCUUACAAAAGUUUACAGUGUUCCUCUUCCGGCAAAAACUGAAAUUCCUGCAUCCUACUCUCCAGUGCUGUAGACGGAUACACAGCGAUGCAAAGCCUAAAGACCCAUUCUCUCUAGCUCAGAGAGACUUGACAAGUUUAUAUGAUGACAUCAAAAAGGAGCUGUUAGUGGGAACGGAGCUCAAGUCUCUGUGUGACUAUUACUUUGAUGGCAAAGGCAAAGCCAUCCGACCAAUGAUAGUUGUCCUAAUGGCUCGUGCAAUGAACAUUCACAGCAAUGGAGAUGGAGACCUGCUUCCAGGACAGAGGACCAUCGCUAUGAUCUCUGAGAUGAUCCAUACUGCCAGCCUGGUGCACGAUGACGUCAUCGAUGGAUCCGAUCAGCGCAGAGGCAAAAGAACCGUCAAUGAAGUGUGGGGGGAAAGAAAGGCCAUCUUGGCUGGAGAUUUUAUCCUUUCAGUGGCUUCCAUGGCUCUGGCUCGAAUCGGUAAUAUCUCAGUGGUGAAAGUGCUGUCUCAGGUCAUAGAGGAUCUUGUUCGAGGAGAGUUCAUGCAGCUGGGCUCAAAAGAAAACGAGAAUGAGCGAUUCAAACACUACCUCGAGAAAACCUUCAAAAAGACGGCCAGUCUCAUCGCCAACAGUUGUAAAGCAGUCUCAAUCCUUGCUAGCCCCGAUCCAGAAGUUCAUGAAAUUGCUUACCACUAUGGAAGAAAUGUCGGAAUAGCUUUUCAGCUGGUGGAUGAUGUCUUGGACUUCACAUCAGGAGCUAGUCAUUUGGGGAAGCCCACAGCUGCAGACCUCAAACUGGGCCUGGCCACUGGACCAGUACUGUUCGCGUGUCAACAGUUUCCUGAGCUUCAUGCAAUGAUCAUGAGGCGUUUCAGCUCUACAGGGGACGUAGAUCGGGCCUGGCAGUACGUUCUUCAGAGUGACGGUGUGCAGCAGACCAGGUUCCUGGCCCAGCGUUACUGUCAGGAGGCCAUCAGACAGAUCAGCCUGCUGCGGCCCUCCCCGGAAAGGGAUGCCCUGAUUCGACUCACUGAGAUGGUGCUCUCCAGGGACAAAUGAACCUGCAGAACCAGGCUUCACUUCAGGCAGCUACCAGCCCCACAGUUUGGGCUCAGUGCACCGCGGGCUGGUCCAGGACCAGAGGAGCACCCUCUAGGCUCGUGUGCAGUGUCCAGUUGGAGCGCUGUGUGGAUCUGAUCAACGUUUUUUUUGGACUGACAAGCUUUUGAGCUCUCUGCACAAAGAGGACAUUUCACUUGAAUUUAAAGUGGACUAAAUAUCCACACACUGAAUUAAAUCACUUCUGUACAUUGAAAUUAAUGUAUGGCACUGCAGCCUACACCUUAAAUGCUUACAGUACUGUAUCCAUUUGCCUCUUUGCUUUGGACUAGGUAACCUAAGUACAUGGUUGGUUACAAGCAGUCAAUGUUGCUUAAGCUUGUCUUCAUUGGUGUGUCUGUUGGACUGAUAUAAACGUUGAGCUCCGUCCACAUUACAAAGGCCAAACUCCCUACACAUAUACAAAAGGUGCUCUGGAUCAGCAAUGGCCUUAACAUCCACAAGACUGUGUGCUCAAUAAAUCAUGUUUUUUUAAACUCUGUCUCAAUCA